AUGAAUCCGGAACUUUCAAGCACUCCCAUAAUAACACGAGUAAUCGACAACGUUGCCGCCAAAGGCAUCUCCUAUUACACACCAGCACAAAAGCCUCCAGAAGGCACGCAAUUAGACGGGUCAACCAAGUUGUUCACCCCUCUUACCAUCCGCGGUGUGACGCUUCCAAACCGUCUAUUCCUUGCUCCCCUUUGCCAGUACUCUGCCAAUUCCAACGAUGGCAAGGUCACCGAUUGGCAUCUGGCGCACCUGGGGGGAAUUCUUCAGCGCGGCCCAGGACUGGCAAUUAUGGAAUCCACGAUUUUGCCGACUGACUGCAAAUCACGAGCUCGUGAUUUGCAGUCAGUCGGCAAAAUAUGA